UGGUACUCGCCUGUGACAGCAUCCUAGUUUUCCCGCCCUUGUGCCCGUGGUGACGCCACACGCCAUUGUGACGUCAUUUCUUACCUUGUGAUGUAACCCCGAGGUGUCACACUGAGAGUGACCGUUGGGUUGUGAGGCUUCCAGAGACCUCAUUGACCGUUUUACAGCCGCAGGAUGGCCUCACCCCUUGGGGGAAAGCCCUCUUCGCCCCAGGUGAAGACCACCCACUAUAAGGAGACUUCCACGGCCCGCGUGGAGUCCUCGUCCCACCGCAUAGAGACAUCCUCUCGGCAGGUGCGAACGUCUUCCCGGCAGGUGGAGACCUCCCAGCGCCUCAGCGAGGGGCCCUCCCUCUCUCCCUCUGGGAAGCGGCUCCCCCACGUCCUCGAGGUGUCCUCCCAGCACGUGGAAACCUCCUCGCAGCGUACGGAAACGUCCUCCCGCCACCUCCGGGCCUCGUCCCUGCAGAUGGAGACGUCUCUGCACCGCGUGGAGAGCCCGGCCCGGCGGGACAAGCCGGCAGCUCGCCAGAACGUGAAAAUGGCUCGCUGAAAUGCUUCCCAAAGGCCGCGAAAGGGCCAUGGCCUUCAGCCAAGAUGGAGCUGCCUCCAGUUGCCAGCGAGCCAGCUGCCAGGCCGGCCAGUCACCUUUGAUUUCAUGGAAACAGCCCAGAAAUCAAUGUGAGAAAUAGCCAAGCUGCGGUUUCUGGUCUCAGCCAACAUUUAUUGACCAUGCUGCACCCUGGACCAUCCUGUUUUUGAUCCAGUGAACUAUUUUAACUUGAAGCAGGCACAGAAGGUUUUCAGGCCCGUGGGACAGUAUAAAUUGGGGUGAUGGACAGUGACGCUGUUUGAGCCUUUGAGUCAGGUGAGUUUUGGAUCCAUAGCCCCUGAAAGAUUUUCACUACUUGAAAAAGGAACAGAGACCGAACUGAAAUCAUGACCCAUGGAAUGAUUAUAUGCUUGCCAAAAACCUGAAGGGCAUGAAAUAGACUUUCAUAAAUUAUUAAUUGGCAUUUAUGUUGCAAAAUAA